AUGACCACAGAUAGGCCCCUCGAUCCCCCCGGGAGGCCCAACGCCGACAUCGCUUCCCCCCCGGAUGUUUCCAAGCUCCCAGGGCCCUCCAGAUCGGCCGCGCGGCCGGCCGUAACAGGCCUAGCUACGGACCUAGCGGACAAGGCACAGGCGAGUGGUGAGAGAACAGACCCCGGUCACGAGGCCGGCCCCUACAUCGACAAACGAAGGCACCAGCAGCACUCUCGUGCCUCCUCCAUUCUCAGCGACUGGGGCCCGACGGUCGAUUGGGAACACCGUCAGUCACCCAUCCCGCAAAUCCCGCCGCGCAGCGCCCCUCUGCCCACCGGGUCGCUCCCCUUCUUUGGCGCAACCUUCAACAGGCCAUCCUCGGCGCUCCCAGUUCCUCCCACACCGGCGCCCACUCAGCAACCCCCGCCUGCAACGUCGGGUGUCAAGGCUCCGGCGACAAAGGCCCCCAUCAUGCUGGCGCGCAGCGCCAAGGGCACGCAGCUCUUCGCUGUGCAAGGCGCCUUGGUACACCCAGGUUUCAAAAACAUGGCGAAGAACUGCAUGUACAUCCCACCCCCCGGAACACACCACUCUGAACCAUACAAGGGCCUCCGUGCUGCCACUGUGCCCUUUUGCCGCUCGCACGCCCGUGGGGUGUGCCGAUCUGCCCCCGUGCGCGCGCGGGUGUGCUUUCCUGCCUCUGUCCAUACGGAUGUGCUGCCACCGUGCUUUCCUGCUGCCCGCGGGGUGUGCUGCCACCGUGCUUUCCUGCCGCCCGCGAGCCUCACCGCAUUGACCAACGACUUCCUCGACAAAAUCGCUGCCGACGCCCAGACGAUGGUGAAGAAGGUCACCGCCUUCUGGACCAACGAGAAGUGCAACAUCUUGGACCUGGUGCACGUACCAUCGGAAGAUACCAUCUCUAGCGAAGACUGGAAGGAGGCAUGGUCGAACCUCCUCAUGAAGCUCCUCCCCAGUGUGGCCCCCGACGAGAUCGUCACCGAGUUUCAGGAACACUACAACCUGCUCUGCAACAGGCCGUACUUCCGCAAGCACUUCAACGUCGUCCGGACGUUCGACAUCAAGGUCCGCACACAGUGGUUCACGGCAGCCCCCGAGGAGAAGCCUUACCUGGGAGUGGGUUCGCCGGAGUACUUGACAAUGCUGAAUGAUGUACGCACGGAAGACAUGCAAAACUCCAUCAAGCACAAGGCGGACCGCUACCAGGCACAGUGGACGGCGGAUGGGACUGCCCGCACGCGUGACGCGAUUGAUGCUGGAGUGUGGUAG